GGGAGAGAGAGGGAAGCCCCCUCCCCUCUUUCCUCCCGGGGUUCUGGGCUGAAGAGGAGGAGGAGGAGGAGGAGGAGGAGGGCUGCCCCUCGGGCAGGGGACCUGGGGCAGCAGGGUCUUCUUUCCCCAGAGCCCCGCCUGCGCCACUCGGGGGACUAAGGGCUUUGGAGGGGGCUGCUGCUGGUGGUGUCCCUCCUUCUGGGCGAGGGGCGGAGGAGGAGGCGAUGCCCGGGGCGCUGCCCGCCCUGAUGCUGCUGAUGCUGCUGCUGCUGCCGCUUCCUUGCGCGGCCGCGGAGGAGAUGCGCCAGAGCCCAGGACCGGACUGGUGAAAGCCGCCUUUCCCGCAGGGAUGGGGCGCCUCCCGCCGCCUUGGCCGCUGCUGGCCCUCCGGAGCUGCUGCUGCUGCUGCCUCUUCGCCGCCGCCUUCUUCCCGCUCAUAUGCUGUGAUGCUAAGCAAGUCAUACGUGCCACAGACUUACUGGAUUGGGAAGACAAAGAUGCUGCAGACACACUGGUUGAUAACGUAGUCCAUUCAAGGAUCAUCAAUCCUUUACGCCUCUUUGUUAAGCCAUCACCAGCACUGAAACAUGGGCAAAUGUCGUAUUCAGACAGCAUAGACAACUUUUGGGAUUGGUUAUCCAACAUCACUGAGGUUCAGGAGUCUCUUCAACGAACUAAACGCAGACCAAUUGUAAAAACUGGAAAAUUCAAGAAAAUGUUUGGAUGGGGUGACUUCCAUUCUAACAUCAAAACUGUGAAGCUGAAUCUUCUCAUAACAGGGAAAAUUGUUGACCAUGGCAACGGAACCUUCAGUGUUUAUUUCCGGCAUAAUUCAACAGGACUGGGAAAUGUUUCUGUGAGCCUGGUACCACCUUCUAAGGUGGUGGAGUUUGAACCUUCACCUCAGUCAACUUUAGAGACCAAGGAGUCUAAAUCUUUCAACUGUCGAAUUGAAUAUGAGAAAACAGACAGGGCUAAGAAAACUGCAUUGUGUAACUUUGACCCUUCAAAGAUCUGCUACCAAGAGCAGACACAAAGCCAUGUAUCCUGGUUGUGUUCUAAACCAUUUAAAGUCAUCUGUAUUUACAUUGCUUUUUACAGUGUUGACUACAAACUAGUGCAAAAGGUCUGCCCUGACUACAACUACCACAGUGAGACACCCUAUUUAUCUUCUGGAUGAUACACUCUAUCUUCUUUUCAUGGACCGUUAAAUCAGAAUAUUGAUGAUCUGUCUAAAAUUCUACUUUAAAUGUCUUAAGACAGUGCUUCCCAGUCAGGUUAAAAUAAACACAUUUCUUCCCCUGAAAAUGAUUCUCUGUCAUGGGCUGGUUCACCCAUGUAUGUUUUGCACUUGAUGACUACAGCAUCGAGCAGCAAUGUGCAUGUUGUCAAUGAACCAUCUUGGAUCAAGCACCACUGACCAAACUUCCACAGCAGUUCAGAGACACAUGUCUUAUAGUGGAGUCAGUUCAGCUGCUCAGCUGCAGUUCAGCCACUCAACUGCAGUUCAGCAUGAUAUGUAAUCAAGUGAUGUUGUGCAUGUGUACCAGCCCUAACUGUGCUGUUACCAUAAAUAUUUUCACAUUCAUGUACCCAAAUAUUACUUAAAUGCAUUUAAUUUCUGGGUGUACUUUUCUUAAACUGUACCAAUCAGUUGUAGGGAAAACAACAACCACUAGCAAUAUCUGUGGAAGAGGCUGACAUGUUAGCAAAGCAUACUAUUCAACCUAUCAGAACACCUGCUGCUAUAAAGAGUUAACAGUGUUUAGUGUGGAAGGAGACACAUACCAUUGGUAUUACAUGAAUGUUGGACUAGCACUGCUAUUAAAUGUCAAGGCAAAUAUUUAGCUGCCUGCAGAAAUGACACUAAAAUGAACAUCUGUAGGAAUUUAAAGGGGAAUUAAAUAUUGGUAUAUGGUUAUGGGGGGGGGGGGGUUCACUACAGUUUCCAUGAAUUCUGGCAAAAGCUUAGGCAAAAGUUCUGUAGGAAUUGAACAUUACAGUGAAUUUUUAUGUGAUUUGCAUAGUCAGUACAGGAAUGAAUCAUUCACAAGAGCUAUAUCACUUAUUAAAUGCUUACCAUUUAAUUAAAGUCCAGCAGAAUUAAGCCCAGCUAAUGCAGUAUGGAGGUGUCAUUUGCACACCACUGAAGCCAUAUUUGAGAGCCAGUGUGUAAUGGUUUGAGCAAUGUACUACAACUCUAGAGAUCAGGGUUUGAUUCUCCCCUUGGCUGUAGAAACCCAUUGGGUGACCUUGGGUGAGUCACACACUUUCAGCUCCAGAAAUACCCAUGAUAGGUUCACUUUAGGGUCACAAUACAUCAGAAAUUACUUGGAAGGCACACUACAGCAACAAUGAAGCCAUGUUCCUGAAAUAUAUCUGUAUAAUUGUUAUAAUAGCAGUGGCUAGCACCUACUACUGAGUUUAAAAGCAGAUUCUAUGUAUUGCCACACUGCUAGAUGAAGAUUUGCAAUAAAUGCAAUAGAUUAAAAACAGGGUCCUCAUUAAAAAUAACAUUUGUCAAAAGAUCCACUGAAUGCUAUUGGUUAAUGUAGUUAAACAGGGUUAUCCUUAAAGUCAGUUGCUAGCACAGUGCUGGAAGCCCUUCUUUUCUAGGACCCCAAUAAGUUUUACCAUAGUAAAAAUACAUUAAUUCCUAGGAUUGCCAGGUCUAUGAAGGAGACAGUUCUUGUUAAAUGCAGUAAAUUGUAAUGUAAUUUUCAUUGCAACAAUCAAGCCAUGAAGAUGCAUCUCUUUCUGUGCAAUGGAAAUCCUACUCAGACAUAAGGAGAAGGGUUUUGACUUCUAGCAAUAUGUACACUUGCCAGGUGUGGAAUGGUAGAAAAAUCUCUUGAGUUAGAAAUCUGAUAUCUGUGUUCACCUGACCAAAAUUAUGUGUGUGUGUGGGGGGGGGGAGGGUAUAUGUGUUCUGAUAUUGUUUGUGAUGUUUUUGUUUGUUUUUUUAAAAUCAGAGUAUGCUUUACUUGUCCAACUAAGUAUUAAUUAUUUUAUUUUACUGAAAUGCAUUUAUAUACAAUCCUUCUUUCAUUCUGGAACUAUAGACAGCAACUGUGGUAUACCCUCAUGAUCUCCAUCCAGACACUGACCAACUGAACCUCAGUAAGAUGGCUGUGUCACAUACCCUCAGACCACACCUUUGGAUGAAUGUUUUUGGAUUCAUGGGACCAAUGAGGGACUAAUUUACCCCAGAAUAGAAACAGGGACAUAUCCAGGAUUUUGGGAAGGGGGGGAUACAGACUAAAUGCCACCAUUAUAAUGGGGAGUGGGCGUGGCGGCGCAGCGGUGCACACCAUUCAUUAUAUCUAAUGGAAGGGGGGGUCUGGACCCCAAAGACCCCCCUCCCCAGCUACAUCCCUGAUAGAAAGUUCAAAUGAAAACUCCAGUGAAAGAUUAAUAGGUUCUUUCAAUUUUAUCAUGAAUGAUGAUUGACUGAAGAUAAGAUCAGUGUCUGCCUGCCAGUGCAAUGGGCAUAUUUGGUGAACACAUUCCUGCUUCCCCUGUAGCCAUAUGCAUGCAUUCCAAAAUCUGCUCCAGAGGAAUGGAGGAGCUUCUGUACAGAUUUAGAUGUGUAUCCUAGGGAGGGAGGAAAUCCUUUUGUGCAAGCAAAAGUAUUUUCAUAUGUAGCCUCAGGAAUGAUUGGAUUUCCGUGAAAGAGAACAGAAAAAUAUAAGUUGUCUCUAAAACAUACUAAACAUUGUCCAAAGCUAAAAGAUUACAUAAAAUAGUUUUUUUUUAAAUAUGUAUGUGUGUGUGCACACACAUGUGUAUCCUCAAGUCACCGCUAGACAUAUGGUGACUCCAUGAAUUUCAUAGGGUUUGCUUGAGGUAGGAUUACUCAAAAGUUGUUUUACCAGUUCCUGCCUCUUAAAUAUACUCAUUCUUCCACAUUCACUGGGGUUAGGGGCACAAGACCUCUGUGGAUGUGGAAAAACUGCAAAUAAA